UAAGCCAUUUGGUGGUAUACAAACAAGAAAAAGAGAAUGUACCAAUCCAGAACCAGCAUAUGGUGGGAAACACUGCGAUGGGAUCAGAGCACUGCUGAGAGAGUGUAGUAACAUGUCCAGUUGCCAUGAAGUUAUCAAUCCUUUUUUUGUCGUUGUUGAAUAUUUUGAAGAAUUUCCCUUGCGUUUUGAAACGGAGAAGAACCCAUCUGUCGGUACGAUGGAGAUAUUCUCAAACAGCAGCUGGCAAAAGCUUUGUACCAGUCAAUGGGAUGACGCAGAUGAAAUCCAAACCUGCAUGGCCAUGGGCUACUAUACAUGGUUCGCAGAACGUGGCAAUGCUUCAAAGAUGUCCACCCACUACAAUUGUUCCAUUCCGACCACAUGUCAAAGCAACUUGGGAAAAAAACAACAAAUUUGUAAAGUUCCUGUUCGCUUGAAUGGCACAAAUGUGGAGUAUGGAGGAAGAGUGGAAGUAUUUUACAAGGGAAAAUGGGCGAAGAUAUGCAAGAAUGAAUGGGAUUUUAAUGAUGCUAAAGUUAUUUGUCGUCAACUUGGCUUUGAAGAGGCUUUGGCGGAAUUCUUUGGGUCAGACGUAGGGGAUGAGGGAAUACCUUAUGCAAUGUCCGAUGUCUCUUGCACCGGAGAGGAGUCAGAACUUGCAUCAUGUGAUCGCAUUGAUGGAAAGUUAAAUAUUCCAUCUCAAUGUCAAUCGAAUGACAAGGGUUCUCACGUGUUGUGUCAACCAAAAAACCAGAAAGUGUUGAGAAGAGAUGAACUCUAUUUUGAUAUUGGUAGCAGAGAAAAGCUUCACUGCUCUAUACACAAUAAAACCAAUCAUGCUAGAUGGGUCAUCAAUAGGCGAAAGCUUGAAAUAACAAACUCUACUUCUGAAAGGAUCAGGGCUGAAGACAAUGGUGAUCUGGUCAUUGAUGAUGUGCAACUGUCUGAUGGAGGAGUAUAUGAAUGCCAGAGAUUGGAAUAUGUUCAAUAUUACAUUGUCUACAUUAAUGCAAGAUUUACUGAGAAGACGUUGAACCAACAAACCUUUAUUGCCCACACGUCUGGCAUUAUAAGCUGUAGUGCUGAUGGAACACCGAGUCCACAGAUUUCUUGGAGUAAGAAAGGAGGAAAGUCCUUAGACCCGAAACGGUUCACUCAAGUAUCCAACGGCAGCCUGCGUAUUGGUUUUGUAAAGCCUGAAGACCAUGGAACAUUCAUCUGUACCAUGAAACAAACUAAAGGACCACAGAGGGUCACAAGAAGAGAUAAAAACAUACUAGUGACAGUUAUAAUUCGACCAAAAGUGGAUAUUUCUGGAGCAAGCAAUCUCAUCAUAGAAGGAAACAGUGUGAAUUUGACGUGUAAAGUUGUGGAGGGUCGGCCUGAACCACAGAUCACCUGGCUCAAGAAUAAAACAUUCCAUAAACAGAGUUUGUCUCUCUUCUUUUCUGAGAUAACAAAGGAGGACGAAGGGCGGUACACUUGUAAGGCAGAGAAUGCAGCAGGCUUUGACACCAAAGACAUUGACAUUUCUGUGAAAGUUCCACCCCGUGUUAGUGAUGAGUUUAGAAAUCUCACCAUUGCAUUGAACUCCACAUUUACAAAAAAGUGUUAUUUGAGAGGUGAUCCAGAAGUAUCUGUCAACUGGACCAAGGAUGGAGUGCUACUUAGUAAAAACAACACCUUGAUUAUUAGACAAGCUACACUGAAAGAUAGAGGCAAUUAUGAAUGUACUGCUAAAAAUGAUUAUGGCGAAGCAAACUCUUCCUUCUGGAUCGAUGUAACAGCAUCUCCCCAGAUCACAAAGCCUCCAAUAAACCAGUCUGUUACCGAGGGAAACUCUGUGAACUUUAGUUGCCGAGCCUCAGGUGUGCCAACACCAACAUUAGUCUGGGUUUUUAAUAAUGCUGACCUGCCAUCUGGUAUCAAUCAAUUCAAUCACGAAGGAGAAUCAUUUCUGGAAUUUUUAAGCGUCACAAAAGGGAUGGAAGGGACUUACAAGUGUAAAGCGAAAAAUAAAGCAAACACAACUGGUUCCUCUGCAACACUGCGUGUUUACGUUCCACCCCGUGUUAGUGAUGAGUUUAGAAAUCUCACCAUUGCAUUGAACUCCACAUUUACAAAAAAGUGUUAUUUGAGAGGUGAUCCAGAAGUAUCUGUCAACUGGACCAAGGAUGGAGUGCUACUUAGUAAAAACAACACCUUGAUUAUUAGACAAGCUACACUGAAAGAUAGAGGCAAUUAUGAAUGUACUGCUAAAAAUGAUUAUGGCGAAGCAAACUCUUCCUUCUGGAUCGAUGUAACAGCAUCUCCCCAGAUCACAAAGCCUCCAAUAAACCAGUCUGUUACCGAGGGAAACUCUGUGAACUUUAGUUGCCGAGCCUCAGGUGUGCCAACACCAACAUUAGUCUGGGUUUUUAAUAAUGCUGACCUGCCAUCUGGUAUCAAUCAAUUCAAUCACGAAGGAGAAUCAUUUCUGGAAUUUUUAAGCGUCACAAAAGGGAUGGAAGGGACUUACAAGUGUAAAGCGAAAAAUAAAGCAAACACAACUGGUUCCUCUGCAACACUGCGUGUUUACGGAAAAGCCUCUGCUCAAGUUGUUCCAGAUCAGUAUCCAGCACUCACAGCAGGAGACAACCUCACAUUGACCUGCAUCGUCAACGAAGAAACAAUGAAUGUAACGUGGAAAAAAGAUGGAGACUCACCACCCGAAAGAGCAAAGAUUGAUACACGAUUCGAUGACAAAAAGAGUAAAUUUGUCAUAACUGAAGUUGUGAAGGAGCACAGUGGUGUGUAUUCUUGUGAGGCACGUAACAAGCUCGGUUUUGUUGCCCGUUCCUUUGUAAAAAUAAACGUCAAAGGUAAGCUACCUUUCAACAUUUUGUGGUAUUACAUUGGUGGAACAGUGGCGGCAGCGAUUAUCAUUUCGCUGAUUGCUUGGUAUUUCUGCAAGCGUCGAAGGACAGUUACGGCUCUUCCUGACCAAGAACAGGCAAUUCAGAUGGAGCCAUUGAAUGCAGAGGUAGAUGAGUGGGAGGUUGCGGUCAACCGUGUCCUGCUUCAGGACGUCAUUGGACGAGGGGCGUUCGGAGCCGUGUGGAGAGCUCUCCUGAGUUCACCAAAUGGACAACCUGGAAAUCGAACAGUAGCCGCUAAAUGUUUCACGCCCACUGCUGGAGAGGAAGGAAGGAAAUGUUUGAUGAGAGAAAUUGAGCUGGGGAAACUUAUCGGUGAAAACGUUUCGCCAAACAUUGUAAAGUUCAUGGGCUGCGUUACGACAGAAAUUCACCCCAUACUCAUCAUGGAGUACUUGCCAUGUGGUGACCUACUUGGUUACCUCAGAAAAUGCCGAGGAGUGAGGGAUCGGUUUUAUCUUGGUGAGGGAAGAGCUCAGGAUUUGAACAACUACGAUCUCGUGUUGUUUGCCAAACAAAUCGCCGCCGGCAUGGUGUUCCUUGGAACGCGAGGUAUUAUCCAUCGUGACCUGGCGGCUCGAAACAUUCUCCUCGAUAACAACUAUGUUUGCAAAGUGACGGACUUUGGUAUGGCAUAUCAAAGCUUCAAGUAUGGCCAUGGAAAUGCCAAAAAGGGACGUUUGCCAAUCAAAUGGACUGCACCAGAGAUUCUGCUAGGAGAGCUUGCUGGACUUUCCACCUUGAGUGACGUGUGGUCCUAUGGAAUCGUUCUGUAUGAGAUAGUUACCCUUGGUAAGCUAAGUUAUGUCGGAGUAGAGUCUACCUUGGUGAUUGCAGAGGUCACAAAGGGAUAUCAGAUGCCAAAGCCCGAUCAUGUUGACAACAAACUGUGA